UUGCUGUUAUUCACAAAUUUGCCUUGAUUAUUUCUUCGUCUUCUUCGGAAGUGAAAAGUUAAAAUAAAAUAUCGAAAAUUUGGAAAAAACACCCUGAAAAUAGAAGUUAAUCUAACUUCCAAUAGAAAAGAAAAUUGUUGUUUAUUUAAAUUUAAAAAAACAAAGAAUUUUGUUUACGACAAAAUUGUGAAAUUUAAGUUUUACUUCAAAAGAAAGAAGAGAAACAGACGUUCAAUGAUAAAAAAACCAAUUGCAAACUAACAACAAUAGAAAAUACGUACAAAAAGAAUCGAUAGAAGAAAAAAUUAUAUUAAUUACGUAGAUGAAUAAAAGCAAGAAAAUUAUUUAUUUUUAAUACCUAUUCAACUAAAUUUUAAAAGAAAAAAAGUUCAAAUAACUAAAAAAUCUCAAAAAAAUAAACAAAAAAAUUUAUGUUUAAAGUUUUUAACAAGAAGUAAUAGAAAAAGAGUACAAAAAAAAGAGAAAAAAAAGUGCACACAGUGAAAACCCUUGAAAAUUGAUUUUCCCCAAAAAGUACGAAGCAUAAAAGAAAAACAAAAAGUAUAAAAAAUAUACGUAUUAAAUGCACUUCAAGUGCAGAGUGAAAAAUUAAAAGCAAAAAAAUAAAAUAUCACAUUUUUAUUUUGUUGUUUGUUUAAAAGUGUGUGUUUGUAAUAAGUCGUGUCGCGUAAGAGAAAAAGAAAAACCAAACGUCAUAAAAUUCCAAUUUUUAUCCCAUAAAAUUACACAGACGACAAGUCACCAAACUGUUUUUUUCUUGUUCAACUACACUUUGUGUAUUUAUUUCGGUGUUUUUUGCUAUUUUUUAGAAAUUAAAAAAGUAAUAAAUGACAUUUUCCUUAAAACAAAAUUUUUCUUUUUGCUUGCAAUAAAAACAAACAAACAAAAUCUAUUAUAACGGUUAAUUACUCAAUUCUAUAAAAACAACAAUUAAAAAAUAUAAAACAGUGCAACAACAUCUGUUAGUUAUCCUCGUUCACUUGUCCAUUUUAAUUUCCAUAUGCAACAAUGAAUAUUGUUGGUGAUUAUGAAUACAGUUCCAAGGAUAUGUUGGGCCAUGGCGCCUUUGCUGUAGUUUAUAAAGGACGUCAUCGCAAGCGGCAUUUUCCUGUACCAUAAAAUGCAUUACCAAAAAAGGUCUAAUAAAAACCAUAAAAUUUACUUGCAAAGAAAUAAGAUUCUGAAAGAAUUAACAGAGUUGCAAUCAUGAGAAUGUGGUGGCACUAUUGGAUUGUAAAGAAUCACAGGAUGGUGUGAAUUAGUAAUGGAGUAUUGCAAUGGCGGUGAUCUGGCAGAUUAUUUAAGUGUCAAGGGUACUUUGAGCGAGGAUACAGUACGUUUGUUUUUAAUACAAUUGGCCGGUGCCAUGAAAGCUUUAUAUACCAAAGGAAUUGUGCAUCGUGAUCUAAAGCCACAAAAUAUAUUAUUAUCGCACAAUUAUGGCAAAACACUGCCAGCACCCUCAAAAAUAACACUAAAAAUAGCUGAUUUUGGUUUUGCUCGUUUUCUAAAUGAAGGCGUUAUGGCAGCAACAUUAUGUGGUUCACCCAUGUAUAUGGCUCCUGAAGUUAUAAUGUCUUUGCAAUAUGAUGCUAAAGCUGAUCUAUGGUCUUUGGGUACGAUCGUUUAUCAGUGUUUAACCGGCAAAGCACCUUUCUAUGCACAAACACCAAAUGAAUUGAAAUUCUAUUAUGAACAAAAUGCCAAUUUAGCACCCAAAAUACCCAAUGGUGUUUCACCCGAAUUACGUGAUUUGUUAUUGUGUCUAUUGCGACGCAAUGCCAAGGACAGAAUUUCUUUUGAAAGCUUUUUCAAUCAUCGUUUCUUACAGGGCAAAAAGGCGGCUACAUCACCAGGUGAUAUACCAGCUUCUUUGGCUAUGGGCACUACACCCCCAACAAAAUCGAAAAGUCCCUUACAGCAACAACUUGAACAACAGCAGCAGCAACAACAGCAACAGUUGCAGCAGCAAUUACAGCAACAAAAACAACAACAGCCACAACUACAAAGAGCCGAUGAUGAUUUUCAAGAUGAAAAUGCUGUUUCGGUGGUUGAAAAUCCUGCUAUUUGUGCUACCAUCACAAAUGUGGGCAUUUUAUGUGAAAGUGAAAAUAAUACCGAAUCUUCAGGAUCACAUGAAGAUUCUGAUGAUUUUGUAUUAGUACCCAAAAAUCUUCCAGAAGAUCAAAAUGUUAUUGACUAUGAAAAGAAACAUUCCACUAAACAGAACGCUAAUGCCGCAGCAGUGCAAAAUCAGUCCAGUCCUCCAAGACCUAGUACUUUGCCAAUAUCAGAACCCAAACCGGUGCCAGCACCAGUAAGACGUUAUUCUACUAAUAACACGGCAGCAGCGGGGGUAGCAGCCACAGCACCUAAUACAUCGCCCUUGGAUAAGAAUCAAGUACGUUAUAGGGCGAAUAGUGAACAAAUAUCAUCGCCAAAAUUGUCCACUACGGCUCCUACAGCCUCACCGGCUCAACAGAUACCCAGAUCUCAACCGAUUAGUGUUAAGGGCCGACAGGAACAUCGUAAAAGUAGUGUUAGUAGUGAUAUUAAUUCUAUAUCACCACCAGCCGUACAAUUUGCUAUUGGUACACCACCCACGGGUAGACAUCGUUCUACUUCUGGUGGCUCACUAUCGGAAACACCACCACCCUCGGCUCCUAGCACUUGGCAGGUGAGUCCUGGUGGUAAUACACAAUCGCCUUUAAGACGCUCCGGACAUAGUUCACCAGUGCUUCCGUCCGCUCUCACAAAACUACCCACUCUGGGUAGUCCUACUUUAAUGGUGGCUCCCGGUUCAGUGGGUUCUUUGGGAUCUGGUUCUGGUUCUUCGGAAAAUAACAAUCAACAUCCCAUGUUGGGACCCAGAGCUUUCACUUUACCCGAAUUGGGAGCCACUGGCGGUUUACAGAGUUUAUUGGAUACCAAUGCCGCUGGAGCAGGAGGUAAUCCCUCUGAUAGCCAUCAUCAUUUGCAUGCAUUCCAUGCUCCCGAAUUGUCGGAAGAAACCCUUAUGGAUCGUGAACACAAUGAAACCUUGUCCAAAUUGAAUUUUGUCUUAGCACUAACCGAUUGCAUACAAGAAGUGGCUGAUUCACGUUGUGCCCCUCUCUCCGCUUUAAUGGCAGCCGGCUCUAAUGAACAACCACAAAUCCCACCGCAUGCUCCUGAGCAUUGUAAGAGAGCCGAGAGAUUAGUGUUAUUGGUAAGAGCUUUACAAUUGCUAUCAUCCGGCCUAAAUUUGGCUUCACAACAGCUGAGAAGUGGCAACUUGAAGCCUUCAUCUAAUGUUAAAAACGCUUUAUUAACCAUGAAUUCAAAAUAUCGCAGCAUUUUAUUUGAAUCGAAAAAAUUAAAUGGCACUGGUCUAUUGCAAAAAGCCAAUGCAUUUAAUAUAACAGCUGAUAAAAUUUUAUACGAUUAUGCUUUAGAUAUGUGCCAGGCCGCUGCUUUAGAUGAAUUAUUGAGUAAUACCAAAAAUUGUUUUGAACGUUAUAAUACAGCUCAUAUUUUGUUACAUUCAUUGGUUCAGAAAUGUAAUCAUCCACAAGAUAAAAUGCUUUUAAAUAAAUAUCGUGAUGCUGUGGAAAAACGUUUAAAUAUUUUACAACAACAAGGUUAUAUAUAUGUAACCGAUGAAAAUUCUUAAGUUAGGAAAUAUAACAAUAAACCACAACAUCAUGAACAAUUUUUCUGUUGGAAAAACUAAAAAAA